GAAUCGAAUAUAAGUAUAAACUCUUUUACUCUCUUAUAUGUGCAGUGCCUCUGAUCACUGGAACUUAAUGGCUUCCUGUUCUUCUUCUUUCUCCCCUUCUUCUUCAUUUUCCCGUUCUUCUUCUUUUUCCCGUUGUUCUUCUUUUUCUUCUUCGUCUUCUUCUUCUACUACUCCAAAACUAAAGUACAAAGUUUUUCUUAGUUUCCGAGGUGAGGAGACUCGGAAAAACUUUACAAGUCAUCUGUAUGAUGCCUUCAACCGGGAAAACAUUAAUACUUUCAUUGAUUCUAAACUUAACAGAGGAGAAGAAAUUUCUCCAGCUCUUUUGACUGCAAUCGAACAGUCAAAGAUCUCAGUUAUCAUUUUCUCUGAAGGGUACGGUUCUUCGAGAUGGUGUCUCCAAGAACUUGAAAAGAUCCUUGAAUGCAAGAACAAGUAUGGUCAGAUUGUAAUUCCAGUCUUUUAUCGCGUAGAUCCAUCAGAUGUAAGGCAUCAAGAUAGAGAUUUUGGAAAGGCAUUUUCCCAGCUUGAAGAUCGUUUUAAGGUUGAAGAUCCAGGGUUGUUGCAGAGAUGGAAGACUGCUUUGACGGACAUAAGCAACCUAGGUGGCUUUGUUUCAAAUAACACUAGAGAUGAAUCAACACUUGUAAAGGAUAUUGUUGAGGAUAUUUUGAAGAAAUUGAAUGAUGAGUACUUGGAAAUUGACAACAAGAACCUAGUAGGGUUGGACUCAAAGAUUGAGAAAAUUGAAAAUUUAUUAUCAUCCGAUGAUGUUCGCAAGUUAGGAAUUUUGGGCAUUGGAGGUAUAGGGAAGACAACUCUUGCUGGUGCUAUAUUUAGAAAGAUCUCUAGACAAUUUGAAACUUCAUACUUCAUUCGGAACAUUAGAGAAGAAUCAGAAAAAAGUGGGGGCUUAAGUGACUUGCGCCAAAGACUUAGUUCUAAAAUUUUUGGGGACAAAAAUCCCAAUAUCGGAUUCACCUUACAAAAAAGAAGGCUUGGCCAUGCUCUUAUCGUUUUCGAUGAUGUGACAAAGUUAGAACAAAUGGAAUGUUUAAUGGAAGAUUUUGAUUACCAGGACUCUGAAAGUCGAAUAAUCAUAACAACAAGGGAUGAACAAGUUCUAAUAAAAUGUGGUGUGGAUCCCAUACACAUAAUCAAGAUGGAAGAAUUGUCUAGGGAUGAAGCUUUUCAGCUUUUUAACAAAUAUGCAUUUGGAGAAAGCAGCCCAGCAGAAGAUUAUUCUGAGCUAUCAUCAAAGGCAGUAGCAUAUGCUAAAGGUAUUCCAAUAGCUCUUAAAAUUUUAGGGUCCUCUCUAUUCAAGAGGACAAAGCAAGAUUGGGAAGGUGUUUUACAAAACUUGAAGAAAAGUCCUCAUAAGGAUAUCCAAAGGGUCUUCAAAGUGAGUUAUGAUGGGUUAGAUUACAACGAACAAGAAGUAUUUUUGGAUAUUGCAUGUUUCUUUAAAGGUUGUGGAAGAUAUCUUUUGGAAGAGGUCUUGGAUUCUUGUGGCUUUGUCUCACAUAGUUGUAUAAAUGUUCUCAUUGAAAAGUCUCUCAUCACUACCCCAUCCAACAUCAUAACAAUGCAUGAUUUACUUCAAGAAAUGGGUAAAGAAAUUGUUCGACAAGAAUCCGUUGAUGAUCCUGGCAAACGUAGUCGGUUAUGGGAUGAGAAGGACAUCUUUUCGGUGUUGACCAAAAAUACGGGGAAAAAAGCUAUUCGAAGCAUAACUUUGGAUUUGUCUAAAGCAAGAGAGAUGCAAUUACAACCAAAAGCUUUCAAGAAGAUGUAUAACCUGAGGUUCCUGGAAGCCUACGGCUUUACCCGCGGUAACAAGGUAUAUGGUUUUGAAGACCUGAAAUCUGAUUUCUCUGAGCUAAGGUACCUUUGUUGGUAUAAUUAUUCUGCGGAAUCAUUGCCACGAAAUUUUAAUCCAGAAAACCUUGUUGCCCUCUACAUGACUUGUGGUAGGGUUAAACGACUUUGGACUGGUGUCAAGGAUCUUUAUAAGUUGAAACAUAUCGACCUUAGCAACUGCGAGCAUCUAGUUGAAAUGCCAAAUCUCUCAAGAAGCCCAAAUCUUGUGAGCUUGAUUCUACAAGGUUGUACAAAUUUGCAGGAGGGUUUCUCCUCUAUCUGUGGUCUCAGUAAGCUUGUCCUCUUGAAUCUACAACAAUGUAAAAGCUUUGAAAGUCUUACGAUCAACCCUUGUUGCAAAUGUCUUCGACAACUUGUCCUCUCCGAGUGUUCAAAUCUGAAAAAAGUUCCAUACAUCCCGGAGACGGUAGAAGAGUUGUAUUUAGAUGGAACUGCAAUAACAGAAUUGCCCUCAUUGAAGCAUCUUUCCAGUUUAAAAAUAUUGAGUCUCGAGAAUUGUUUGAAACUGGAAAGUCUUCCAGAGAGCAUUGGUGGAUCAGAAAAUCUUCGAGUAGUUAUUCUCUCCAAUUGUCCAAAGAUCGAAACGGUUCCAUACAUCCCUGGUAGUGUAGAAGAGAUAUAUUUAGAUGGAACUACAAUUGAAGAACUGCCGCCAUUAGAGCAUCUAUCCACUCUCCUGAAAUUGAGUCUCAAAAAUUGUUUAAGACUAAAGAGUCUCCCAGAGAGCAUUGGUGAGUUUAAAUCUCUUCAAUGUCUUUAUCUUUCGGGCUCUUCGAAAAUCGACAGAUUGCCUGAUGGCCUCAAGAAUUUGAAGGCCCUGGAGGAAAUUGAAGUUGAGGGAAUUGGUAUAACAGAUAUACCUUCAUUGACUCUAACUUGUUUGAACAACCUGAAGAAAUUAUCUUUCCUGCGAUGUGGGCUUCAAAAGCCACCGGUUUCGCUACUGUCCCAGUUGCCAGCCUGCCACAAACUGGAGCAUCUAAAUCUGGAAGACUGUUAUAUCGAAGUGUUACCCGAAAAUCUUGGUGAAUUACACUCGCUGACAUUUUUAUAUCUUGGUGGAAACAAUUUUAGGACUCUUCCAGAGAGCAUCAAAGAGCUCUCUAAGCUCUAUGAGCUUGGUUUAAGCGAUUGCCGGAAGCUGAAGUCCUUACCGCAGCUUCCAGAUAAGUCACUACGUAUAGAAGCAAAGGGCUGCACAUCACUAGAAACGGUAUCAGGCUUACCAACUCAAUGCCUAAGCAUGGGAACUCACAAUGAGGAAAUCAGCUUUAUCAAUUGUUUCAAUCUGAAACUGAAUCUGACUGACACUCUGACAAAUAUUGAGAGAAAUGCAGAUCUAUGGUUUAGCUCUGGAGAAAACACAACAUCGCUGUCAAGGGUUAAGCUGCCAAAGGUAUAUAACCUGCCAAAGGGAUACAGCCUGCCAAAGGCUUCAAUAUGUUACCCUGGAAACGAAAUUCCGGACUGGUUUCCUUUUACCAGUCAGACAGGUUAUAUAGAGCUUCCAACAGAUUGGCUUAAUGAUGAUUUAAUUGGUUUUGCUUUUUGCGCUGUUGCAUCAUUCCGGGACUACGAAGAGGCUGAAGCUUUCCAAGUUCGUUGUUUUCUGGUAGUCAAUGAGGAGAUCGUUUCAGCUGGCUGCUUGUUUAAUGAAGAAGGGCAUGAAGUUAUUGAAUCAGAAGAGGCUAUUGAAUCAGGAGAUCAUUUAUUCUUAGGAUAUGACUAUGAAAUCAUGGCCCUGGAAUUGCUUACAGCCAGUUUGGAUAGCAAGGGCUACAUGGAGUUCUUUGUUGAGCAUGGAAGUAAUAACUGCAGGAAAAAAUGCAAAGUGAAGAACUGUGGAGUCAGAUUGCUGUACGCCAAAGAUAAAACAGCUGCAACACUGGAGAGAGACUUGAGAUUUCCAAAUGCUAUAAAUGCCUGCUUGAGGUGCUAUCUCUUUUGCUGCGUGCAACAUGAAGAAAUGGACGAAAGCAAAACAUUCGAAAUGUUGGAUACUUGGUCCUCUUAUUCAGAAAUAUACAAGCCUCCAAUACGAAGGGAUUAUUCAGUGUACAUCGGGUGCAAAAUUUUAGCACACCAUCAGCAUCGGAGGCGCAUGGACUGGGCCAGACCCUGAAUGAAACUUGGAGCUUGAAAUCCCCUUGCGAGCUUAUUAUAUCAGACUGGGUUGAUCUCGAGCUCACGUGUUAAUGAUUUAGCCGACAACUGGGCAUGUGGACAAGUAUUUUCCAGUGACCGUCAUCCAAUGUUUUCUAUAUUUUCUUACCUGGCAUAGGAUUAUUUUGCUGGUGUUUGGUUUUUCUGGACUCUGGAAUGAUGUUAAUUGUACUGUAAUAUUGUAUGCUCCCAUUAUUUGAAUGCUCUGUGUUGUUUGAAACACUACUUUUUUGUUAGCUUUUCCUGAUGUUUUUGCCUACUAUCUCU